AGUGCAAUGUGGUCUGUUCUAAUUGUUAGUGGCGUAUGUGACUUUUCAUCAUUCUAUGACCACUGAGAAAAGGAAGUGGGUCGUAUUUCCAACGAGUGUGUGUCACAUCUUGUGUUGGAUCAUUCAACACGCGGAUCUAAACUAGAACAAAACCAAUCGAUAAGAAAAAUAAAAUGACAGUGGUGAGGUGACUAGGAUUUAUCAAGAAUGCAAUCUGUUCCUUUGUAUAGGCAAAGUUUUCUGUCAGCCAUUGCGGGCACAAGAAUCGAGCUACAUGAUGUUUAGUGGACUUUGAUUGGCUCGCAGGGAUAAUCUAGAUUUAGUCUUGAUCUAAAACAUUAGAUCGUUCAAAAGAUCUAGAUUUCAAUCAUUGGACGACUGGAUAGAUCUAGAUCUAAAUCAUUGGAGCGCUGAAAAUAUCUAGAUCUAAAUCAUUGGAGCGCUGAAAAUAUCUAGAUCUAAAUCAUUGGAGCGCUGGAUAGAUCUAGAUCUAAAUCAUUGGAGCGCUGGAUAGAUCUAGAUCUAAAUCAUUGGAUCACUGGAAUGAUCUAAAUGUAAAACAGUGGAUGCCUGGACAGCAAGAGAUCUAACGAUCUAACUUAUAUGCCAAAUGUAAGUUAUCAGCUGAUCAAAGUCAUCCAUGGCUGUUACUGUGCCUUGCUUCAGACAUCUGACAUUCACUGCAUGGGCUAUUUACAUCAUCGCAUUCAUUCUGAUCCUCACUGCCGCCUCAACUAGCCAUUGGUUAGUUUGGGAGUCAACCGGACAACAUCAAGGAGUCUUCCCUUGUUGCCCUACAUUCCAAUGCCAACAAAGUUCUUCCGCUACAGUCGACAAAAUGGAAGCCUUCUUAGGCUUGUUUAUUACCGGCUAUACGGUAGUCUUGGCAACAGGUCUGACUUCAGUUGUGUUUGUGUGGAGGAAUAAAGAAUUGAAAUGUCUUCCAUGUUUUCCAGCCAUUGCAUGUCUCUUAGGAUCUGGAGGUGUUUUGCUUAUUGCUGCGGCCAUUGCCUUUGGUGUUGAUAUUCCAAAUAGGACCAGGACAUUGAUUUACAACAAUUGUGCCCUAUCAGCCGAAGUUGAACUAGCCGAGUCUUAUUCCCUCUUCGUAGUUGGAAGCUGUUUGUUCGUGAUCGUUGGUCUGAUACUCUUCCUGGCCACACCCCGAGUCCGCCAGCCUUUGAUGUUCGGGGAUGUCGAGGCUGCAGAUACCUGCGUAGAGAUGCAGACUGUCGCCACAGACAUUCCAGGGCCAAAUGUUCAGACUAGGACGUUGGUCUCAGGGAGUGAAGAAACAAGGCAUGACAGCAGUAAUGGAGAUAAUGGCACCAGGAGUGACAGACGUUUUGAACAACACUCACAGAAUGGUCACUUAGUUCAAGUGGUUGGUCAAACUGGUCAAGAAUCGGACGCUUGGAGCAUCCCCAGAGUUGUACCGUCUGCACCGGAGUACACAUUUUUAGCCCAAAAUGAAUCAGUUUUAGAGCAUUCAGAACCAAAUAGAUUAGAUAAUCAAGUUGUAGAACAAUUCAGAGCAGACACUCCUGAAUCGGAAUAUGCCACUUUAGAUCAGAUAGAACUAGAGUGUGCUCAAUUAAGUCAGUUGGAGUCCAUUCACACCAGGGUAAGUAGCUCUGAACAUGGUCCGACAUCAACAUUAUCAAGUAACACCAUUUCAUCAGCGUUACAGCUUGAAUACGAGCCUUCUGUACACGCAGAAGGUGCUCUAAACAUUUCAACGAUAGAAUGUGAGUAUGAGACAUUAGAUCAAGCAGAAAGUGGUCGAGUUAUCCCAGAGCAUCCAGAACUUGAGUACGAAAUCUCCGAGCAGAUUCAAGGAGAAGAACUUUCAGAAACGAUUGAACUUGACUAUGAGAAUUUAGAUGAACUAAAUUUUAGGCAUGAACGGUCAAAGUCAUGUGAUCUCGAGAAUAAACCUUCAGAGCAGGAACAAGUCCGUCAAGAAAUGUCAGACCCAACAGAACUAGACUAUGAAGAUUUAGAGACGAUCAAUUCACGAUUAGAGUCCGUGUACAAUAAUACUUAGAAGAUGGACGCUGCUAGGAACUGUUUUAAACGACUGUCUAUAGGAAAUGUUCACACGUUAUGUGUGGUAAACCAGAAUGAAGAGUGUAAACCUGUAGUAGCUGUUUACACAUUUAUUUGUGGUGUUUAUAAUUCUGUUUCUAAAAGCGUUAUUCAAAAAUCAAUGUCAUCACAUAAAUCUUUGACUACAUUAUGACUCCAUCUUUUCAGUUCAAAUUUUAAAGACAUAAAAAAGUUAUUAAAUAAACAUUAGAAAAGUGUAUUGAGAACAACAUGCAGGUAGUCAGUUCAGAACAUACGAAAAACAUUUUAAAAUACUUUUUAAGAAAAAAGCUUAUAUUAAGUGUAGUUGUAUCUAUUAGUUUGGAUCAUAUAGUUUUACCAACGAUUUUAGUUUAAAGCAAUUUCAUGUUUUUAGCUUUCUCAAUACGCCAUAAUCCUAUCACUUGUCUGGACCAGUUGGAAAGGGGUGGGGUUAGAAAGAAGGGGGUAUCUGGGUGAUCGCUUUUUAAAUGCAUUUAUAAAAAAAAAGGUGAACGACCAGAAUUCGAACUCGACGGCUAAAGCCUCUUCAGGCCAAUACACUAACCACUGUGCUAGGGAAGUGCUUAUGAAACUAGAAGGUUUUAGAGUUAUCUAUUGUUCGUUUCAAACUUUUUCUUUACAAAGUAUAAGGGAGACUAUUUCUACUUAUAUCAGAAGAUCAGUCAAUUACGAUCUCUUUCCCUUGUUCAAGAUGCCAAACAAAAUAAUUAAUCACCAAUAGUUAAUAAACUAUUGGUAAUUUCUUCUAUUGUUUCUUGUUUUGUUAGGUAAAAUAAAUAAUUAUGCCAAAUUUCAUCUUGAUCCGAGAUUGGGUAUGGAAGAAAGAGUGAGUUGAUAGAAGCUUUGUAAAGAGGAAGGCAAAGAGACAUGGCAUACACACACACACACAUACAACAGCCACGUAUGACAUUGAAGUUGGACUCUUCCUUUCAAAAAUAAAGACCCGAACUUUAAAAUAGUUUUUUCUUUUGUUUUAUACUGCUAUGUAUUAUCUGAUUCUAUAAUUAUAUAAUGAUUCUAUAAGAUUCUAUGUUUAUAAGUAUAAAUUAAAUUUAUUUUGAUUAGAACGUUUAGGAGAAUUUGUCCCCCGCCCCCCCCCCCCCAAAAAAAAAGACAACUAUUGCUACCUAUAGUUAAUCUCCGCCCAGCACUUCCCCCAAUCAUAAACACGUUGUCAUUGUGGAACUAGUUUUUUAAAUUUUUUUGCAAUUUAUUUUCAACCAGAUUCAACUAAUGUCAACUAGUUAUUCUAGUUUUAAAAGUUGGAAUCCUACAACUGAAACAAAAUUAUCUAACAUUUUAUUGACACAACAUUCAGUAGUGAUUGUUCAUAUUAAACAAUUAGAGACAAGAAGCUGAAUGGCGACCUUUAAAUAACCUGCCCAAGAUCUACUUAAGUCUAGGAUUCUAGGCCAGGCAUGUCAAACACGGCGUUGGGGGGGGGGGGGCGCAUGCGGCCCGCUUGGCCACCUCAAAAAUUAUCAAAAUAAUGUUAAACUAUUACUCUGAAAAAUAAAAGAUGACAAGCUACUUGAAUUGAAAAAUAGUAUUUGUUAAACUGAACAACGAGAGUGAGUCUGCAGUGAAAGCCAGCUACAUUUUUUUCAAACUUAAUUGCAAGCCAAAGCAAAUCCUUUAGUGAAAGGAAUUUUAUGAAGGAGUGUAUCGUUAAAGCUGCGGAAGUCCAGAAAAUGUGAAAGCAUUGAAAGAAAAAACUUUAACUAGUAACACUGUGGCAGAUAGAAUAAUUGACUUGUCAGUCAGCUUGUGUGAACAAUUAAAGAACCAAAUAGAUUUUGAAAUAUUCUCAUUGGGUCUCGAUGAGUCAACUGAUGUAACUGGUGUAGCACAGUUGGCUAUAUUCAUAAGGACCUGUGACAGGAAUUUUGAGAUACAUGAGGAGCUACUUGAGCUCUGUGCUAUACAUAACACCACAUUAAGCGAGGAUGUUUUUGAGAAAUUACAGGUGAUAUUGCAGUACAAUUUACCUUUGGUAAAGCUAGCUAGUCUAACAACGGAUGGCGCACUAACCAUUAAGAAAUGGUUUUGAUGCAAAGCUACUUGCAAAAAUAAGAGAGACUAAUGCUAAUUUUAAAUUUGCUCAUUUUCAAUGCAUCAUUCACCAAGAAACAUAACGCACAAAGCAAUUACAAUUCCAACAUGUCAUAAGACUGGUUUCAGUCACUAUCAAUUUUAUACGUGCCCGUGGCUUAAAUCAUCGCCAAUGUUCAAUGUUUCUGAAUGACAUUGGACACAAAAGUUUGCUGGCUCUCGUGUCAUAAAGAAUUGAAGAAAGUUGUUGUAUUGCGUGAAGAAAUCGUAUUGUUUCUGAACAAGAAAGGUAAACCUGUUGAACAUUUCCAUACUGACGAAUGGGUUCAGGACUUGGCAUUUGCAAUUGAUCUCACUAGUCACCUGCAAGACUUGAAUUUGAAACUUCAAAGUAAAGACUAAAUUGUCACAACUGCGUGUGAUCAUGGGAAGUGCUUUCAAGCAAAAUUACGACUGUGGAUAAAUCAAAUAUGAAGAGUAAAUCUUGUUCACUUGUCAGGAACUAAAAAUAUUAAAUACGGCUACAACAUUUGGUAAAUAUGUCUUACACCUGGAAUCGUUAAUAGAUGCUUCCACUGGCCGUUUUCAUGACUUCGUUUGAUACGAGCAAGAAUUUUGGUUGUUUUUAUUUCCAUUUUCAUUUGCUUCUGAAAAUGCUGCUGGUAAUGUGCAACUAGAGCUGAUAGAAUAAGUCAGAUUCUUAGUUGAAAGCGAUGUAUACGAAAGAAGUGACUUCGCCAAAAUUGAGUUAUUUACCUAAACGGUACGUUCAAUUGCGGAAAUUUGCAGCCAGAAUUCUAGCUAUGUUUGCAAGCACUGAUCUCUGUGAGCAGUUCUUUUCUAUAAUGAAAGCUACAAAAUCACCUCACCGUUCGAGAUUAUCUGAUCAAAAUUUGUCGUCAGUGAUGACAGUGUCAGUGACAAACUUCCACCCGGUAUUAAUAAACUUGUAUCCCAGAAAUAUGUCAAGCAUCAGGACAAAGAAAAUAUUGCGCAAUCUUAGUAAUUUUGAAUUAUGAAAUCGUACUGCAAAUUUAGCUAACUAAGGGACAUGUAUGCCACUGAUUAUUGUAUUCUAUUGUAUUGUUUCUAAUUUACAUAAAACUAGUAAGCUGUUUUGCAACUGAUUUUUGGCUGCGGCCCCUUAGGAUAUAGUAAGUUUUUUAUGCGGCCAAUACACCUUAACGAGUUUAACAUGCCUGCUCUAGGCCAUCAUUUGGUCAGACAAUAAGCGAUAGCUUUCAGUGGGAAACGUUCAUAUUAUACUCUCUAGAAGUAGACGAGUGGGAAACGUUCAUAUUAUACUCUCUAGAAGUAGAGUGGAAACGUUCAUAUUAUACUCUCUAGAAGUAGACGCGUGGAAACGUUCAUAUUAUACUCUCUAGAAGUAGACGAGUGGAAACGUUCAUAUUAUACUCUCUAGAAGUAGAGUGGAAACGUUCAUAUUAUACUCUCUAGAAGUAGAGUGGAAACGUUCAUAUUAUACUCUCUAGAAGUAGACGCGUGGGAAACGUUCAUAUUAUACUCUCUAGAAGUAGAGUGGAAACGUUCAUAUUAUACUCUCUAGAAGUAGACGUGUGGAAACGUUCAUAUUAUACUCUCUAGAAGUAGACGCGUGGGAAACGUUCAUAUUAUACUCUCUAGAAGUAGACGAGUGGGAACGUUCAUAUUAUACUCUCUAGAAGUAGACGUGUGGAAACGUUCAUAUUAUACUCUCUAGAAGUAGAGUGGAAACGUUCAUAUUAUACUCUCUAGAAGUAGACGAGUGGGAAACGUUCAUAUUAUACUCUCUAGAAGUAGAGUGGAAACGUUCAUAUUAUACUCUCUAGAAGUAGACGCGUGGGAAACGUUCAUAUUAUACUCUCUAGAAGUAGACGAGUGGAAACGUUCAUAUUAUACUCUCUAGAAGUAGACGCGUGGGAAACGUUCAUAUUAUACUCUCUAGAAGUAGACUAGUGGGAACGUUCAUAUUAUACUCUCUAGAAGUAGACGAGUGGAAACGUUCAUAUUAUACUCUCUAGAAGUAGACGAGUGGAAACGUUCAUAUUAUACUCUCUAGAAGUAGACGAGUGGAAACGUUCAUAUUAUACUCUCUAGAAGUAGACGAGUGGGAACGUUCAUAUUAUACUCUCUAGAAGUAGACGUGUGGAAACGUUCAUAUUAUACUCUCUAGAAGUAGACGCGUGGGAAACGUUCAUAUUAUACUCUCUAGAAGUAGACGCGUGGGAACGUUCAUAUUAUACUCUCUAGAAGUAGACGAGUGGAAACGUUCAUAUUAUACUCUCUAGAAGUAGACGCGUGGAAACGUUCAUAUUAUACUCUCUAGAAGUAGACGAGUGGAAACGUUCAUAUUAUACUCUCUAGAAGUAGAGUGGAAACGUUCAUAUUAUACUCUCUAGAAGUAGAGUGGAAACGUUCAUAUUAUACUCUCUAGAAGUAGACGCGUGGGAAUCGUUCAUAUUAUACUCUCUAGAAGUAGACGCGUGGGAAACGUUCAUAUUAUACUCUCUAGAAGUAGACGAGUGGGAACGUUCAUAUUAUACUCUCUAGAAGUAGACGUGUGGAAACGUUCAUAUUAUACUCUCUAGAAGUAGAGUGGAAACGUUCAUAUUAUACUCUCUAGAAGUAGACGAGUGGGAAACGUUCAUAUUAUACUCUCUAGAAGUAGAGUGGAAACGUUCAUAUUAUACUCUCUAGAAGUAGACGCGUGGGAAACGUUCAUAUUAUACUCUCUAGAAGUAGACGAGUGGAAACGUUCAUAUUAUACUCUCUAGAAGUAGACGUGUGGAAACGUUCAUAUUAUACUCUCUAGAAGUAGACGAGUGGAAACGUUCAUUUUAUACUCUCUAGAAGUAGACGCGUGGAAACGUUCAUAUUAUACUCUCUAGAAGUAGACGAGUGGAAACGUUCAUAUUAUACUCUCUAGAAGUAGACUAGUGGGAACGUUCAUAUUAUACUCUCUAGAAGUAGACUAGUGGGAACGUUCAUAUUAUACUCUCUAGAAGUAGACGAGUGGAAACGUUCAUAUUAUACUCUCUAGAAGUAGACGAGUGGAAACGUUCAUAUUAUACUCUCUAGAAGUAGACGAGUGGAAACGUUCAUAUUAUACUCUCUAGAAGUAGACGAGUGGGAACGUUCAUAUUAUACUCUCUAGAAGUAGACGUGUGGAAACGUUCAUAUUAUACUCUCUAGAAGUAGACGCGUGGGAAACGUUCAUAUUAUACUCUCUAGAAGUAGACGCGUGGGAACGUUCAUAUUAUACUCUCUAGAAGUAGACGAGUGGAAACGUUCAUAUUAUACUCUCUAGAAGUAGACGAGUGGAAACGUUCAUAUUAUACUCUCUAGAAGUAGACGAGUGGAAACGUUCAUAUUAUACUCUCUAGAAGUAGACGAGUUGAAACGUUCAUAUUAUACUCUCUAGAAGUAGAGUGGAAAUGUUCAUAUUAUACUCUCUAGAAGUAGACGAGUGGGAACGUUCAUAUUAUACUCUCUAGAAGUAGACGAGUGGAAACGUUCAUAUUAUACUCUCUAGAAGUAGACGAGUGGAAACGUUCAUAUUAUACUCUCUAGAAGUAGACGAGUGGAAACGUUCAUAUUAUACUCUCUAGAAGUAGACGAGUGGAAACGUUCAUAUUAUACUCUCUAGAAGUAGACGAGUGGAAACGAAUCUAAGCAUGAUGAGUAUACUAGAGGGACAUGGUGGUGGAGUGUUGAAGUGCUUGACUUCUCCACCUCGGUGUCUCAAGUUCAAAUCUUACUGAAGACAGGGCUGCCCCUCAGUCCACCCCUACCUAGCAUUAGUUGGGCAAUUAAAGGUGGUUGGUCGUUGUGCUGGACACACCCCUUUGUUAACCAUCAGCUAUAGAAACGGAUAACCUUUACAUUUAUCUACCCUAAUGAAUGUGUCUGAAAGGUGUUCUUGACUACUUUUUCAUUUUUUUCAAUUUUAGUUCACCACUUGUUUAAAAACCAAAAUGAAUGACAUAGAAUUUUAAUCCAAAGGUUUUGUAACAAAAAUCUAAAGCUGUAACGCUUGAAAACCAUGAAUGCUGGGACAGUGUGGAAGGGGUUUAUUACAUACUAUCUUUUAGCGUCUUUUUUUUUAGAUGAGGAAUUUUUGUUUAAGAAUACUGUAAAACAACAAGCUAGUGUGUGUGUGUGUACAGGUCUGGCCAUUAUGUUCAGUUUGCAUUCUGGAUUGUACCAAUAAACAAGAAAAUGUUAGAUUGACUGUAUCAUUAUUACUUUCCAAUGUAUCAUUAUUACUUUCCUAUGGAUAAUUAUUACUUAAUUGUUAGAAAAUGUUAGAAUGACUGUAUCAUUAUUACUUUCCUAUGUAUCAUUAUUACUUUCCUAUGGAUAAUAUUUACUUAAAUAAGGGCUGGAUUUAAUCAUGUGAAGGCCCCUACAAUUUUUCUAAAGCUUUAAUGAAAAUCCAUUUAUGAAUGAAAAUACUUAUACCUAAAAGCAUGCUAUAUUUUAGAAGGAAUAAAUAAUAGUUGUAAAUGUAAUCUCAAUAUCCUUUUAGAAAAAUAUUUCAUAUGCAUAUUUUAGUUUUUUAAGUGUAUAUUUUUGAGUUUUUGGAGGCUAAGGCCCUUAGUAGAUGCACUGUUGUAAAUCUGGAGCUAUUAUGACUUAUUACAAGCAUGCUACAAGCGUAUACUUCUUAAUCACUGCAUUUUCACCAGCCGUAAAUAUGUAUCUUUAUUACUUUACUAUAUUAUUUAUUAUUAUUACUUUAAUAUGUGGAAAAAACUAGUAAUCUAUUUCUGGUGAGACUGAAAAAAAAAAAAAAAAAUUUCUUUUUUACUUUAUUUCAAAAAAAAAAAUGACACCACUGACAUAAACAUAAUUUAAAAAAAACUGGAAAUAUCCCCAGUCCAACCAAUCAUGAACAGUUCUAACACACAUUAUCUCUCAGCAUAAUAAACCCUUGGAGCUAAAAACAGAAGCUUGGGUUUAACCCGAAAUACUUGUAAAAAAAUAUAUAUAUAAGAUUCACUGAUACAGUUGGCUAAGAGCAACAUAGGUAAUAUUUAUUUGUAACAAGUAUGAACAUUUUUUGUAAAUUUGUUGCUAAACUAAAGCAUGUAUGACCAGCCUUUGAACACAACAAUGACAUUAUUUUUUGUAACAAGCACAAACAUUUUAUUUUUCUAAAAAAAAAAUGUUAACUAACACAUGGCCAGUCUAUAAAAAAAUGUUUUUGCAUGUGAGAACUUGCUAAAAUUAUUCAAAGAUGUUAAGGAGCCAGAAAUUCUUCCUACAAAACAGACGUUACUAAACAGGCAGUAAAAUCAGAAGUAAAUCUAAAUCUUGUUUAUCAGUAUCAGAUGAUUUCUAAGCAUGAACUCAUAAAAUGCCCUCAGUUACACAAUUUUAUGUUUUAAUCUGCAACUAGAGCAUAAAGAGUUUUAGAUACUCUAGUGGCUUUGAAUCUGACAUCUGAGUCAUUCAUUUGAAUUAAUUAACAGAAGAGCUUGCAAAAAAAUAAUAAACUGAAUGAUUCAAUAUAUUGCACAUA